AUGGUGUCGACACCCCCGCCAUCAGAUGACGCAGAGGGUCAUCACCCAGAAGAGAGUCCACAUGACGAGGAGGAAACCAAGAAUGCUUCUUCAAGCAAGAAAGAAAGCAAACAGCCCAAAACAUCACACCGUGGACACAAACUUCGGCAUAAACAGCCUGCGCAUUAUCGAACCCAUACCAACGACUUGCCUUCACAAGUCCCGGGCGAUCCGCUAAUGAGGGAGGCCAUGCGCUACGGCGUCGACCCCAAUACAUUUCCUCCGCCACCGGGUGCGUAUCAAACUAACACAAGCACACCUUACUAUCCAUCGCCAAACAUCCCGACGCCGGCUGGUUAUCCUAGUCCAUAUACCUAUCCCGGAGGGGGAAGUUAUUUCUCUGUCCCGAGAGCAAGUGUUCAGAACCCCCAAUACUUUUCUCCAUCUGGAUACGAUGUUCCACCUUCAGGAUACUCUGACCCAGGAUAUAAUCCCGCCGAUUCUUACAGGUAUAAGGAGGAAGUCCCGCCGUACCCUGAAUACCCAACACGGGAUCCGAAAAGACCUCCAGUUCGACCGAGACCCUCCCGGCAACCGAAGCCGCAGACAGAACCCAAUCUGAGCGCCCUUCGAAGGGGUGGGCCGUGUCAAAGACCUCGGCAGAGGCGACCGUCUAUAUCCACCAGGGACAGAGCUUUGUCAGAAGAUGGCAUAACCAUGACAGAUAUCAUGGCCGAACUCAGAAACCUUCAACGACAAGUAUACCAAGCUGAGAUCCAAUCAGACCCAGGAAGGAUCCCAGGUCGCCCACGAAGAAGCCCAUCAGUUACGAGUCAGUAUACAAGCGACGACACAAGAUCUCUCAACAUCGAAAGAGAAAGGUCUCGUCAACUCACAAGUAUCAUCUACCGACUACUCGAAGAUAGACAGAGACCAGAGUACCAAGAAUCGUUAGGUCGUUCGUCAAGGCAGACUAUAGUUGAUCUUCUUCAAGGGAGCAUAGGACAGAAUGAGAGAGAUAUGGCGCUGGUCAGCCAAAGAGAUGCUCAGGACAUUGGGUCGAAGCUAGACACUAUCAUUGAGUAUCUUCAGCUUGAGGAUAGAUUUGAAGAUGAGCCAACACUGCAGCGAUUUCCAGAAGGUCACGAGAGCAGGUCAAGGCCCCUGGUUCUGAGGGGUCAGCCUUCUGUUGCCUCAGGUUCAUCGGUGCACGAGCCUACAUCGCCGACUCUGAGUCGAGCGAUGCCUCGUCGUCACCAGACCUUCCCAUCAGGGAGCAGACCACUACGGGAUGCACAGCCAUCUAAUCAAGGCCGAGCCCGACAAAGCCCUACCAGGUUACCUGAUCCAGAUGAAGAAGACGAAGCUUAUGAAAAGUUCAGGCGAGAAGUCGCCACCUCAAGACCUGCCCGUACAAGGAUCAGCUCAACACAGAGUGUUGCAUCACAGGAUAGGAGAAGGAGUCAACCAACUGUCGGCCAAAGUGACAUUCGACCACCAGCAAGAAAGAUUGUAGAAGGUGAUCAACAGAAGGUGAGACCAAAUCGGUUUGCAUAUGUCCAGACGGAAGAUGAGCUGGAUGAAGAACCUGCUCGAGCACCUGAGCCGCCGUACCCGGUGCCUGAUCCACCUGGACAGUCGAGGCGGAGAAGAUCUCUAAGAUCAGUGAGGUUUGGCUAA